GAUGUACCCCUGCUCAUCUGCAGUUACAUUUGCACCAUGGCUGUCUAUUCACUCCACUUGUUAGCUCAGCUCCAAAACAAAAUCAACAGACCUAGUUUAAUUACAGGAUAGCAAUAAGCCCACACUUUACCUCCGUUUACCUUGAUUGUUUUCUGGUCUGAUCCAGGUAAACACAUCACAAGUUUGCACUGCUAAAUCCUUUAAAUCCUGUUAAAACAGGUGACAAAAGAGGAUUCACUUAUUUAUUUUACAAUAUACCUCUUAAUUUCACUAACUGCUGUUUAGAUAUAGCGUUGUAUAAAUAACUGUUUUGUCAGGCAUUUAUUCCCUUUAAGAUUGUGAAGCAAUUACUCAAUAGUCGACAAUCAUGGUUUCUACAACUGCAACAAUACUGGCCAGCACAGUGGGGCUACCAACACUGACUGCUCUGACGGAGUACACAUGGCUGUUGGUUAUUGGCUUCAUCAUAGCCUUCAUCUUAGCCUUUUCUGUCGGUGCAAACGAUGUUGCGAACUCAUUCGGCACGGCUGUGGGCUCCGGGGUUGUCACGUUGCGCCAGGCGUGCAUUCUUGCCACCAUUUUUGAGACCCUUGGCUCUGUGCUCCUUGGGGCCAAAGUGAGUGAAACGAUCCGUAAGGGUAUCAUCGACGUGGGCAUGUACAAUGGCACUGAGGAGGAGUUGAUGGCUGGAUCCAUCAGUGCCAUGUUUGGUUCUGCUGUGUGGCAGCUGGCCGCCUCCUUUCUUAAGCUUCCCAUCUCUGGUACACACUGCAUUGUUGGUGCUACUAUCGGCUUCUCUCUGGUUGCCAGAGGCCAGCAGGGAGUCAGAUGGCUUGAACUCCUUCGUAUUGUUGCUUCCUGGUUCCUGAGUCCCCUUUUGUCUGGAAUAAUGUCAGGGAUUGUUUUCUACUUUGUGCGCAUGUUCAUCCUGCAAAAGAAAGACCCCGUGCCUAAUGGACUGAGGGCCCUUCCUGUGUUCUAUGCUGUAACCUUGGGAGUCAACCUCUUUUCCAUCAUGUUCACUGGAGCUCCAAUGCUGGGAUUUGACAAGAUUCCUUGGUGGGGUACCCUACUCCUCUCCUUUGGUCUCUCUCUGGUGACUGCUAUUGUGGUCUGGUUCAUUGUCUGCCCUCGCCUCAAGAAGAAGAUUGAAAGAGAUAUCAAGUCUGCCAGCCCAUCAGAGAGCCCCCUGAUGGAGAAGAGAGAGCUGAAAGAGGCCCACUGUCCAAUCCUGAAACAGACCGUCAACGAGACAUCAACGUCUGCCACCUCAGCCGCCAACCAGAACCCCCCUGCUCCGCCCCAGGCUGCCCCUGAGGAGCGCAGGGUCGCAUUUGACAUCGGAGACUCUGAUGAUGUCGACAAUAAUAAGGAACGCAAGGUGGCGUUUAACAUCGGAGAUUGUGAUGAGACAGAUAACAGCAAUUCAAAUGGAGUCCCCAAGCAAGUCCAAUCAAACAAUCAGGACAACAACCAGCACAGCGAUGGCUCCACAAAUAAUGCCAACCAGGCCCAGUUCAACAGGCCUGCACAGACCCCCAGUAACGGUUACAGCCAGUACCACACGGUUCACAAGGACUCCGGCCUCUACAAGGACCUCCUGCACAAGCUCCACCUGGCCAAGGUCGGUGACUGCAUGGGCGAGGGGGGUGACCGACCCAUUCGGCGCAACAACAGCUACACCUCCUACACUAUGGCCAUCAUCGGUAUGCACAGCGACUUCAGGCACAAAGACGGCGACUUCCGCGCCAGCGACGAUAGCGAAAAGGGACCAGGGUCGGGUGGUCAGGAAAAGAAGCGCGUGCGUAUGGACAGUUACACCAGCUACUGCAACGCUGUGGCGGAGCACACAACUCCUGAAGGUCUGGGAGAAGGUGAAGUGACUUUAGACAUUGUAAAGGAGGGUGCAGGUAGCAGUCAGACUUCUCUGGACGAUGAUGGACUUGAGGCAGACAAGCCAGAGGUCUCAACACUCUUCCAGUUCCUCCAAAUUCUCACUGCCUGCUUUGGAUCCUUUGCCCAUGGAGGAAACGAUGUCAGCAAUGCCAUUGGACCAUUGGUAGCUCUGUGGCUUGUGUACCAAUCCAGCAGUGUGUAUUCAAGCGAACCCACACCCAUUUGGCUGCUUCUGUACGGUGGUGUUGGCAUUUGCGCUGGGCUCUGGGUGUGGGGACGCAGAGUUAUCCAGACUAUGGGAAAGGACCUCACCCCUAUUACCCCCUCAAGUGGUUUCAGCAUCGAGCUGGCUUCAGCCCUAACUGUCGUGGUUGCCUCAAACAUUGGCCUGCCUGUUUCCACCACCCACUGCAAGGUGGGCUCUGUGGUCGCAGUAGGAUGGCUGCGCUCAAAAAAGGCUGUUGACUGGCGUCUGUUCAGAAACAUCUUCAUGGCUUGGUUUGUGACUGUGCCCAUCUCUGGCCUGAUCAGUGCAGCAAUCAUGGCCAUCUUCAUCUACGGCAUCCUGUGAGCAUUCAGCUGCACCCCAUGCAGGGGAGGAGAAAGAAACCGCUCCAGUGCCGACGGGAGACAAGGAGUAAAGUUGGAAGGUCGAAAUAUAUCGCUUACCUCAAGCCAACGACUUCGGAAGAAAAGGCAAAAUUUUGAAAAAAAAAAAAAAAAAAGAUGUUUGAAAUGAGUUGUGAUAUGGGCCUGUGGUUUUUGGCUGCAUCAUUUUCAAUUUCGAAUAUGCUGUUUGUUCCAGUUGGGCCACAUUACUUCCAGUGGGAAGUUUGCAUUUCUGUGUUCUGACUUGCUUUUUUAUACCAUCAUUCUGUUAAGAGUAAAUCAAAAAGCAUCAACUGAUUUUUUUUAUUUUUUUUUAAAUACUAUUGAUUCUUUUUUUUUUUUUACUUUGCAAUUAUGUAUAUACAACCAUGCUGUUUUAAUUUUGUUGAACAUGUUAGUAAGAAACGAACAACUAAAAUGCAGUAUUAGCCUUUGAGGAUGUAACUCUCCAUUCAUAACACAUGCUGAAAGUAAUGUAGUUGCAAAAGGAACAAUUUUAGGUUAAAAAACAAAACAAGGUUAUGUGUGUGUGAUUUUCCCCCUUCAAAGUCUUUGAUAUUAAUUAAUUGUUUUUUUCAUCUGGCUUCCUUUUUUUUUAAUUCUUUUAACUGGGACUUGUUUUCCCCUCCCUACUGAUAUGGAACAAACGGUUAGAGGUUGUGUUUUCUAACCCCCCAAAAGGCAAUCAACAAAGCCCUUCAAUUCAAUGAGCCACUUCUUCAUCACACUCUUUGGUCGAACACAUCUCAAUCAGUGCAACAUUAAAUGCCUGAAAUGACGUUGAUUACUUGAAUUUGAGAAACAUAACAUCAGAAUGUCAACUUGUGCUCUCAAAAUGACCUUAAGUCUCCUGUUAGACUUGAUUGCAUCAUAUCUUGGGGUUAAGUGCUUUAGGCCUGUUUACUAGCAAACAUUUUAUCAGCUACGUCCUGGUUUGGAUUUUCUGUGGAACUUGCACCUGCCUAGAUGUUUGGGUAGCUCUAGUUUUCCUCUCUCAGUCGGCCCUGAAAGCUGAAUACCGUUGCAACAUUAGGCGGAACAGGAACCUUAAUCUGGAAGUUACCCAACAGUGGUGGUUUGAGCUGAUCUGGUGUCUUGUUCAAAUGAGGGUGGACAUACGUUGCACGCCACAGGAUGUGUGGUCAUUUGGCUGCAGUACUAAAUGCAUUUCAGACUUAUAGAUGCUGUAGUUGCCUUAAUUGUUUUAUUUUCCCUAAGGUACCAAAGACAGGAGUUUUUUGUUUUUGUUUUUUAAUGCACAUCAACAUACUAUAAUUCACACUUGUGAAUAAAAAAAAAAAACAAAUGAGAAAUAAAAAUGGGAAAAUAUAA